AUGGUCAUCUGCGCUUUCCUCUUUGACCAGAGGCACAAAAUAGCAGCAGAUGAGCUGAUGUUGCGAUUAUCGAUUUUCGUAUUUCUAAUCGCGAUUACGCGCGCAGAACUCGAGUGCGAUGCAAUCGAUAAAGCUUUUCGCGCCGCCACAGAUGUUAACGAGACGGAGGCAUGCAAAUGUUUUAACAAAGGUUUUGAUGCUACGAUCGAUGGAAUCACAAUCGGAUGCUCUGGUCAGACGCUACCUCACAUCUCGAAAGCACUGCACUCCGUGAACGAGUCAUUUCCGGACAAAGUUCGUAUUUGGGACUGUCACAUCACUAUCAUACCUUCUGAUAUGUUCGAUCAGGUCAAACCAAAGUAUCUGUCCAUAGAAAGGAGCUACUUGGCACUUUUGCGUGAAAAUGCCUUAGGAACCAUUGGGCCACGGCUUCAUGGCCUCUACCUCAGGAAUAACCAUCUCAAAGCCAUCACCAGGUCGAUGCUUCAAGGGCUCACAAGUCUUGCCGAGCUGGACCUUUCGGGAAAUCGGAUCACCUCAUUGACAACUGGGGUUUUCGAUUUGACCCCUGAUUUGCGAGAAUUGUCACUGAAUGACAAUGGCAUAGCUACCAUCGAGGAUGGAACAUUCGCGAAGCUGACAUCGCUGAAGAAAUUGAGUCUCAGCGGGAAUCAGAUCAACACAAUCACCAAGAACAUGUUCAAAGGACUCGAUUCCCUAGAAGUGCUGAAUUUGCAGAACAACAAAAUUACCAGUAUCGACUGGUCCGCUUUCGCCAAUCUAAAGCAGCUAAGGACCCUUGACCUCGGUACCAACCAUGCCAGCAACGUUGAAAUCCGUGGAUUAGAGAAUCUCCAGAAACUAUUCUUGAACAACAACAGCAUCAACUCAUUGAAGAGUGUCAGCUUGAGAGAUCUUCCAUCACUCAUUCUUCUAUCACUAGACCGAAACUCAAUUUCGGAAAUUGCUGACGGAGACCUUUCUGGACUAGCGAGAAGUACGCGAUUGGAAAGCUUGACUAUAGCUGCAAAUAAUAUCAGUCAGAUAUCGCAACGUGCGCUCUCUCCCGUGCAACAUCUCAAUGUAUUAGCAAUGCAGAAUAAUCAGUUGACAUCUCUGACGAAGGAUGGACAAUCAUAUCUUCGUCCACUUCGUCGUCUAACAACACUACUGCUAUCUGGCAAUCAGCUUCGCUCAAUCGGUGAGCACGAUCUGCCACGGACAUUGACAGUUCUAGCCGCUGAUCACAACCUUCUCGAGAAGAUCGACGUCAAAGCAUUCGAAGGGAUGUCUCUGCAUAAGCUAUUCAUUAACAACAACAAACUGCCAUUCCUACAUCGGCACACAUUCGAUUCGAUUUCUUUUGACACUUUGGAGGCUAUCGACAUUACUUCAAAUGCGUGGCAAUGCGUAUGUGGCGAGGAAUGGCUUGGAGAAUGGCUGGAGAAAGCAGGAGACAGCGAUGUCGGAGAUGGUGUGCUCGGAUGUCUUGCUACGGCUGCGCGUAGAUGUGCUGUGGAUCCACAAAUGGAGAAGGACGAGACUCGCUCGGCAUGGGUUACGGUAACGGCUUCGGUACUGGCAGCAGUUUCACUGCUGAUCCUGGUCGCCAUCGCAUUCCUUUACAUCAGCGAUGGAAAGCAAAGGGUGGUCCUGAUGCGACCUCUGUCGCGUCGCACGAACUCGGACCUGCACAAGCUGAUAGCGGAUGUGGAUCCGCUAAUCGGGCGCGACAUGCCGCCGCGGAAGGCGACAACGGGCGACAAGAAGCGUGUCCGUUUCGAAGACAACUGAUCCUCGCCGUCUGCUCAGCUUGUCUUUGGUGGGGCAGCCGCGCCGGUGCCGUCGGCGAGUGGCGCUGCUGCGCCCAGUUGUUGUACGUGUCCGAAUCCCGUUGUUGAUAAUCGAGUAUUUCGUUAAUAUACUGACUAACCCUAUUUUAUGCACCGCUCUGUUUUUUUAUAUGUACCGCUGGCCCCCUCUGGUUGAGUGCGUGCCCAACUCAGUCGCGAACACUCAGUCGUCCGUUUAUACUCUGUUUCCAAGUGUCUUGCUGUUGCGCAUCAUGUAGACGUCAAUUUCGGUUCCCACUAUUUAUGCAAAGAGCGUUUUGUGUGUUUGCCCGUGCAUCAUGUAGAUAGACCUCCACAGACACUUUGAUUGUAAUCAGUAACGUCGUUGUGUGAUUGCCGUAGCUUUUCGAAUUAUUUACACAACACUCGGGUCGAGAGCUUUUGAUCUAUCGUCUUAGACCCUCUAAUCACAACUAAUCAUAUGCAGUAAUACGAUUGUAAGCUAUCGCCAAACACUGUUCCUCAGUAAUGGGCAAGAACUAUAAUAUCUUCGUAUUUUAUCAAGUUUGUUCAAUAUUUGUUAAAUGCAGUUUGUAAUGAACGUUGAUACAAA